UCCUCCACCACCACCGCCAGCAGCAUGGAGAGCGUGCGCGAGCUCCAAAACCCGCUCUUGGCCAAGGCCAACGGACACCUUCGCAGCAGCUAUUCUUACCACCAGCAUCACAGCCAGGACUACCCCAGUCAUCGCUGCCAGGGGAAACUGUAUUCCUACAUCUUCCAAAACACUGGCGGUGCCAGGACUCACCAGCUGCUGGAUGCCAGUUCCCUGCAGCUGGCUGUUGAAGCCUUGUAUGGCCCCAGUUUCAUCCUUGUGAAGGAUGAGACGACACUCAAGGCCAAGGACAGCAAGACGGAAAGCUGCGAGACCACUUUUACGGAAAGCAAAGAGGCUCCAUCUGAAGCUCCUGAUGGGCAUGAGGCACAAGGGUCCUGCCUGGUAGAGAGUCACAUCCAAACUGUGUCCUAUGAGGUGGAGGAAGAGGAGCUCCAGGAGUACGAGAGCGACUCCUCCAGCGACAGUGAAAGUGAGGAUCAUUUCCUGAUGCUUCCCCCCCGGGACCACCUGGGCUUGGCCCUUUUCUCCAUGCUGUGCUGCUUCUGGCCCCUGGGGAUUGCUGCCUUCUACUUCUCCCAAGGGACCAGCAAGGCUGUCUCCAAAGGAGAUUUCCAUCUGGCCAGUUCAGCUUCCCGCCGAGCUCUCUUCCUUGCUGCGCUCUCCAUAACCAUUGGCACAGGAGUGUACAUCGGGGUGGUGGUAGCACUGAUCGCUUAUCUCUCGAAAGGGGGCCAUGUAUAG